AUGAAGAUUUUCUCAUUACCUGUUGUAGGCAUUAAUUAUGCGCGAAAAAAAAAAUGGCAACAUGUGCAUCAGCAAACGUUACAAGAUGAAGUCGUAGGUAACGCAGCCGUGGAAGAAGACUCUCGGGAGACCAAAAAGAAGACUGCCGAAAUUUUUUUUGAAAAUCUUUCGCGCAUUUGGCAAGGUAUUAUGGCGAAGAUGGAAUCUUGGACCUGGGCCACCUCAAACUUCCAAGACGAUUCACCAAAACCAUUGGUAACUCUUGAAGAAAGAGAUAUCCUGGUUGAACUUUCAAACUGCAAGAAAACUGCUGAACUUGAAAAUCUUCUGUCUGCAUGGUACUCAAGGAAAGAAUUAUCCUCAAAUUGUAAAUAUAUCAGGUUUGCUUUGUCUGCGAGUCUUGAGCUUUGGUCAACAAAGUCUUUGCUUAACAAAACUCAUGGUGAAGACUGGUAUCGCAUGCAUGUAUAUUCAAACGUAUGGGAUAAGGCUUUUCUCGAUGAUGAACCGGGAUUUGCCGAUGUUUUGCAGUGCUACAGUACCCAAACUAAAGCUUAUGUGAAUCACUUCAAUGCAUGGUUCCCAUUAGGAAUCUGGGGCAAGAAUGAAACUCAAUGUUGGCUGAUGUUCAGGUGUCAAGUCGACACUCCUUAUGGUAAUAGCUACCGUAACAGCGUGGAUAUCUCCGGGGCUCCAAGUUUUGUUUAUUUCACCAGUAUAAUUGCUGGGAUGAAAGAUGCAUGCACCACCUUCUUUCUUGUCACAAUUGCUACGAUAUCCUCUAUAUUUGAGACUUUAUCUUGCCCAUGUGAAAAAAACAUGAUUCGUAAUGCAAGUACGGUGGUGAUUCUCGGUGAGUUUGAGACCAAGCGCUCUGAAUGUGUGAGUCAGGUGACGAAGGUUUUAAAGGAAGCUAAAAAAGACAUCAAACUGCAACGAUUGGAUUUCAUUUUACGUGAUAUGAACAAUGACACUGAUAUUUUGACCGUAGAAGAAAAGCCGUCAUUAAAGGGGGUGAAAGCCGAUAUCAAAAAAGGAAAUAUGUUGAAAAGACACGCACUCUACCUAUGGUCCAAGCAAGUUGAUAGUAGCGCCCUCAUGGAAAGAUUGGAAGCUAUUUCUUGUCAAUGGCAAGGCACAAAGUUCACAAUUUAUGGAUCAAGGCUACUAUCUUCUGAUACAAUGCUCAUCUAUAGAAAAGGAUGUUAUAGUUUUCCAAUCUCAUCAAGACACUCACCCGAAUUCUCCAAGCUUCUUUUGGCCAUCCUUUCUCUAAAACGAACAGUGAAGUUAAAUUAUGCCAAGUUCAACUUGAUUCUGGAGAAAAAAUACAAAAACGAGGUUAAGACGCUGAACUUUGCAGAUGAUCACUCAAGUGAAAUUAGUAUAACAAGCGACAGCACCAACAGUGACAUAGAAUCAGAGGACAGCAACUAUAAACCAGAAGAUAAAGACUUUGUUGAAAAUACAAAGGUCAUGUUGGACGAAUUGAAGGAGGAAGAAAAAGGAUUGAAACGUUUUCAUGACUGGGAGGACAUGUUGUUGUAUGAUUGUUCAAAGCUGUUGAGGAUAUCAUAG